AUGAAUCGGCCUCUCAGAAAAGGAACGAGAGGACGUUUGUUCUUCCUGCUGCGGUGUACGAGUGAGCCUCCAAUCCGUGGGCGGGGUCGCUCUGCGUGCCGUAUUUCUUUGAAUUUCCGUGAGUUUUUACAUGGCCAUCCACACGCACAUGCACGCAAUCCCCCUGUUUGCCCUCCUGUGGGCGGGAGACCGGGAUGCAAGGGAAAAAUGUGGC